AUGAACACCGUCAUUGUCUCUUCUUUGCUUCUCUCUUCCAUAUUCUUCGAUGAAACAAUAACAUUGUGCGGCCGUUUACCUCAAUCAACUCCUCUGUUACAGCAUCGCUCAUCACCUUCUCACUUCUUUUCUUCUGCUUCUUGUAUGUUGUUACGAUUUUGCAAAGAUGAUAUUAUGAUUCACGACGUUGCAAUUGCUCUUGAUGCAAAAAUCGUAAUGGUGGUGCUGAAGUGGAUUGUGGAAGAAGACGCAGAGGAUGUUGAUUGUGAAGAUGUGAUUACAUUGAAACUGGAAGAAGACGCUUGA